UUAAACGUAACUAGAAGAGAAAAUUUUUAGUUAGUGAAUUGUUUGGCGUAUAUCGGAAUUAAGGAAAAAAAAAAGAGAAGAUUUUAUUUAAAAUAAAAUUAUAUUAAAAAAAAGGAAAAAAAAAUCAAUCUUCUCUUUAAAAAAUAUAAAUGUUUUUUAAUAUAAUAUUGAAUUAAAAUUAUUAAAAAUAUUAUAUAAUAGAAGAAAGUUAUAAUAAAAUUUCUACCUUAAAGUAUAAUUAAAUAGCAUUAAUACAAUUAUUAUUGAAUAAGGAAAAAAAAAAAAGAAUUUUUUUUUUGUUGUUUUAUAGCUAUACAUUCAAACGUAUACAAUAAUACAUACUUAUAUACGUAUAUAUAAAAAAAAAAAUACCUGUAAUUAUUGUAUUUUAAUAUUCAAUUAUAAUAUAAUUAGUAAAAGAAAGAAAAGAAGAAAAAAAAAAAAGGAAAUGUUUUCGAUGAAUCGAAAACAACGAAUUUUAAGUCCAGCUCAAUUAAAAAGAUUAUCGGAGCACAAAUAUAGUUGUACAUCGGUCAGUUUAUUAGAUCCAUUUUUACAACCAUGGUGGUGUUGGCUUGUUUCAAAGACACCACUAUGGCUUGCUCCAAAUUUAAUAACAAUUGUUGGAUUAAUAGUUAAUAUAGUUACUACUAUAAUAUUAAUAUUAUAUAGUCCAGAUGGUAAAUCGAUACCACCUAGAUGGGCAAGUGCAUUAUGUGCUCUUGGUUUAUUUAUUUAUCAAAGUUUAGAUGCAAUUGAUGGUAAACAAGCACGUAGAACAAAUUCAUCAUCACCAUUAGGUGAAUUAUUUGAUCAUGGAUGUGAUUCAUUAUCAACAAUUUUUGUUGCAUUAUCAGCAUGUAUAUCCUGCCAAUUAGGGAAUUAUCCAAACUGGUUAUUUUUUCAGUGCUUUACUGCUAUAACAUUAUUUUAUUGUGCUCAUUGGCAAACAUAUGUGUCUGGUACAUUAAGAUUUGGUAAAAUUGAUGUUACAGAAGCUCAAAUAACAAUAAUGGGAAUUCAUAUGAUAUCAGCGAUAUUUGGUCCUGAAAUAUGGUUAACAAAGAUUCCAUAUACAGAUUAUGAUUGCAUAUUUAUUACUAAUUCUAUAUUCUGCUCUGGAUUUUUGAGAAAUUUAUUUACAUUUUUAAAAAUGUUUUCCACUGGUGGAAGUGGAAAAAAUGGAUCAACUGUUGCUCUGCCUUACUUUGGAAAUUAUGAGCUUAGACAUGUUCCAAUUUACAUUGCAUUAGCCGUAGAUUCACUAUUAAGUUAUCGUUAUUCAAUUGUUAUUAUGACCGGAGGAUGUGGAAAAAAUGGAUCAACGAUUGCUGGUACAAGUGUUCUAUCACCAGUUAUUCCAUUGGCUUUAGUUGUUGUUCCAGCUUUUAUAAUUGCACAAAAAUCAACUGAAGAUAUAUUUGGGCAACAUCCAUCACUUUACAUAAUGGCAUUUGGUAUGGUUGCUGCAAAAGUUACAAAUAAACUUGUUAUUGCUCAUAUGACACGUAGUGAAAUGGAAUAUAUGGAUUGGAGUAUGCUCGGUCCACUUCUAUUAUUUUUAAAUCAAUAUUUCAAUUCAGUUUUACCAGAAUUUUGGCUAUUAGUAUUUGCUUUAAUAUGGGGUAUAAUAAAUUUAAUGAAAUAUUGCCAACAGGUUUGCCUAGAAAUUUGUGAUCAUUUGCAUAUAAAAUUAUUUAAAAUUCCUUAUCCACCGCGUCGACCAUCAAUGACAACAACUGGUACAAAUGCACCACAUUUAAGUAGUUUAACUGGUAUAAAUACAUCAUCAUUUAUGUCUGGUGGUGGUGGUAGUGGUGGUAGUGGUAGUAGUAGCAGUUCUAUUCCAAGUACAUCAUCUCAUGAUAAAAAUGGUAGUACACAUCAAGCCCAUCGAAAACAAUUAAGGAAUAGUAAAAGACAACAACAGCAGCAACAAUCAUCGCAUUAAUUUAGUUUUCAAUAAUUAAAAUAUUAAUAAAUUUUUUUUUUUAAUUUUCUAUUAGUAACUAUUUUUUUCUAGUUUUUUUUUUUUGAUUAAUUUAAGAACAGUAUUUUAAUAAGUGAAUUUAUUGAUCGAUGUUAAUUAACAUAAAAUAAAACAAUUUAAUAAACAAGAAAACUUAAAUUAAAAAAAUUAAAAUUAUGUAAGGCAAAAUUUAAAAUUAUGUAAGACAGAAAGUUGUUCUUAAAAUUUUUUGUUUUCUUUUGUUCUUAGAAAUUUUACUUAUAUUAUGCAUAAUUUUGUGUAUUUGCAUUUUUAAAAUGCAUAUUAUUAAAAUAAAAACAAUUGAUUUUGAAAUUUGAAUAGAAUAUUUAAAAAAAAAAAAUAAUAAAAAUCAAUUAAAACACAUCGGACGAUUCAGUAAAAUAAUUAGAAAAUUACAAAAUAAAACAAAAUAUGCAAAAAAUAUUUAUGUAUGUAAAUGGAUAGCAUAAUUAUGUUUAAAAAAAUGGUAUAUUUUUAAUUAAGUGAAAUGAAAUAUAGAUAAAAAAUAUCUAAGUAUUUAUAACAGAUUUUUUUUUUGUUUUUAAAUAAAGAAUUGUCCAUUUAUUCUGAUUUUUCUGAAUCAAAAUUAUUACUGAAUUUGUUUUUUUUUUUAAAUUAAUA